AUGCCAGCUCCAGUCGCGCCCAACAACUCGCUCUCCACCCACCCGGUCGAGGGCAACCUCUCGUUCGUCCUGCAAGAGAUCGAGAAUGUCUCGUUCGAGGAGCGACCGGUCGUCGCGCCCAAGCCCGGGCAGGUGCAGGUCAACAUCCGUCAGACCGGUCUCUGCGCCUCGGACUGCCACUACCUCCACCACGGUCGCAUCGGCGACUUUGUGGUGCGCAAGCCCAUGGUGUUGGGUCACGAAUCGAGCGGUAUCGUCACCGCUGUCGGCGAGGGUGUUACCACGCACAAGGUCGGGGAUCGUGUUGCGCUCGAGCCUGGUGUGCCGUGUCGCUCCUGCCCCGUCUGCUUGAGUGGCAGCUACAACCACUGUGCCAACCUCGAGUUCGCCGCCACUCCGCCCUACGAUGGCACGCUGUGCACGUACUACAACAUCCACUCGACGUUCGCGCACCACGUUCCAGACACCAUGUCGCUCGAAGAAGCGUCGUUGAUGGAGCCGCUCUCGGUGGCGGUCUACUCGGCGGCCAUGCGCGGCCAGGUCAAGGCGAUGGAGAACGUGCUUGUGUUUGGCGCCGGUCCCAUCGGUCUGCUCAACGCGGCGGUCUGCAAGGCCUACUCUGCCAAGCGUGUCGUCGUGGUCGACGUGGUCGACUCAAAGCUCGAAUUUGCCCAGUCCUUCUGCGCCACAUCGACGUUCAAGCCCAGCCUGCCGCUCCAAGGCGAGGCCAAGAUCGACUCCGCUAUGCGCAACGCCCAGGACCUCAUCAGUCAGCUCGGCGACGACGUCGUCGCGCGCGAAGGCUUCGACCUCGUGCUCGAAUGCACCGGCGCCGAACCGUGCAUCCAGAUGGGCAUCCAGGCUCUGCGCCCCAAGGGCCGCUUCGUCCAGGUCGGCAUGGGCAGGUCCGAAGUCGAAUUCCCCAUCACCCGGGUUUGCGUCAAGGAGAUCGACGUCACCGGAAGCUUCAGGUACGGCGCGGGGACCUACAAGACCAGCAUCAACCUCGUCAGCACUGGUCUGAUCGACGUCACCAAGAUGGUCACUCACCGUUUCCUCUUCAAGGACGCAGUCAAGGCAUUUGAGACCACCACAAAGGGUGUUGGUGAGGACGGAAAGACCGCCAUCAAGGUGCAGAUCAGCCAGGGCGAGGGCAAGCAGUAG